AUGGACGCUACAUUACAUCUCGGGAAAGUAAAGCAAAACGGCAAUAACGUCUUUGAACAUGACUGGUUGUACCUUGACGAGGACAACACGUUUACUAUUAUACUCAACAGUCAUCCGAGUCCUGGAGCCAUCGAAAGAGAGAGAAGAUUCAUCAAAUUGCUCCCACUGUAUGUGAGAUAUGCAGAGCAUAUCGUCAUACACAUUCUACCAAACGCCGGGGAGCGAGCAUUGAGAGAUAGUGGGUACACAGAUUUUAAACGGCUUGCUAGGAACGUGGUUAGGACAAUCGAUGAAUUUUAUGGUGUUGGUAGUGUCAAGAUAUGUGCCAGAAACCUUCAAUCUACGUAUCGUUACUUCAGUCGUGCGGCUUGCUUCUACGACUUCAAAUCCACCGAAUGGAAGUUUUCCGGAAUUUCGAAAUCUCUUGAGAGGCAAAUCAAAUACCUCUAUGACAAUGGGUUUUGCCACAUGAAUAAGUGGACUAUUACUGAAGAGUGUGUGCUAUGA